CCUUCCCGAGACCCGCGGCAGCCGCCGCGGGGUGUCCGGGGCGCCGGGGCCGUGGGUGGCCCUGGGGCUCCCUCCGGCCUGCGAGGGGCCGCUGCCCGCCGGCGCUGCCUCCCCACAGCUCGGGGCAGAUGGGCCGCGGGCACCCGCGGCUCGGCCACUCCUGUCUGUGUGCAGACACUCCUUGGCCUUGUCUCCUGAACACCUGGGGCUGGCUUGGGGUGUGUGGAAGGAAAAAAGCAGAAAAUUAGAACUAACAGGAAGUGAAAGUGAUGAGCUGAUCUUUGUCUCCAGGGAGAGUAACCCAUGACAGAGUGACGAUGGUGAAGAGGUGCAGAGGCUGCCUGACCUAGCUGUGCUUUUCUUUGACCAUUAGGUGUCCUUGUGACUGGACACCAUGCCUCUUCCAGAAACCAUGUUCUGUGCUCAGCAGAUCAAAAUCCCCCCAGAGCUACCUGAUAUUCUGAAGCAAUUUACUAAAGCUGCUAUUAGGACUCAGCCUUUUGAUGUUUUGCAGUGGGCAGCUGCGUAUUUUUCAGCCUUGUCUAAAGGUGAACCCCUUCCUGUGAAGGAGAGGCUUGAAAUGCCAUUAGCAACAGUGAAAAAAGAUGCUGGUUUGACCCCAGGACUCCUUAAGGUCUUGCACAAACAGCUUUCUUCCAAAGGCAUGGUGACCAUUGCAGAACUAAAGGAAAAAUGGAAGCACUUGGGCUUGCCAGAGGAGCAGCUGGAAGCUAUCCUGCAAUUGGACAGUUUUGGCGAGAAGGUGGAAUGGAUGAAGUUUCUGGCACUUGGGUGCAGCGUGCUUGGUGGGUCCUUACUGAGUUCAAUGAAACAGGCCUGCGAGAUCUUAACAAGAGACGCAGAAGGAGGAGCAGCUCGAAUUCCCUUUGAAACAUUCUCGUUCCUUUAUUCGUAUUUGGCUAGUAUUGAUGGAGAGAUAUCACAGACAGAAAUUAAAGCAUUCCUCCAUGGAAUAAAAGAACAAGCGGACAAACACUCUGGCAUGGUGCUGAUCAGACACUUCCUGCCACACACCUUCAUAUUUUAUUGAUGAACCCUACUCUUCAGCAUGAGGUGAGAGGAAAAACAAAAGAAGGAAUAAAUAAGUUGAAGAGAAUAA